AGUCCAUAAACAAGCAAUGGUUCUUCAAUUUUUUUUUUGAUUUUAAUAAUAAAAGUAGCCGUUACCAACGGCUAGUUUCUUUUUUUUUUCUUUUUUUUUUUAGUUAUUUUUUAGUUAUAAAUAUAGUUUUGUGAAAAAAAUUAACCAACACAAAUUUUACCAACACUUAUAUUUUCUCUUCAAUUUCAAUUUUCUCUCUCACAAUUUCAUCAUUUUAAUUCAAAUUUUCAUUUUUUUUUACUUCAAAUUACAAUUGUUUAGGUCAAAUGGAUCCUAAUCAUUUUCAUUAUCAACAAGCUAUGUUCAAUUUCAUGCAAAAUUAUCAAAAUCCUAAUCCUCAAAAUUCUCAAAUUCCACCGAUGCCACCAUUUUCUACUCAAGUUCCACCAUUUUCUACUCAAGUUGGUACUGAAAAAGAAGAAAGGGUUGUUGUUAAAAAAAAAUCUCGAGAGCAAUUUGCAAGGGAUGAGGAUAUACUACUUAUCCAAUCAUGGCUCAAUGUUUCAAAGGAUCCAAUUGUGGGAGUUGAUCAAAAGGCUGAGAGUUUUUGGGUAAGAGUCGCUGCCAAUUAUAACCAGUAUCGUGGGGAAUCGCGGGAAAAGUUAAAGGGACAAUUAAAAUGUCGAUGGCAUCGAAUAAAUGGCUUGGUUCAAAAAUUUGUUGGGUGUUACAAACAAGCUGUUAAUGGAAAGAAAAGUGGGACAUCGGAGAACGAUGUCAUGGCCGCUGCAAAUGCAUUUUUUGCUCAGGAUCAAGGUACAACAUUCAACCUUGAGUACGCAUGGAGAUUGUUAAAAGAUGAACCUAAAUGGAUGGGAGAAUCGAUUGAAAGUUCUUCAAAAAUAACAAAGACUUAUGCUAGUGAGGCAUCAUCGGAGAACCCAAAUACACCUUCAAGUUAUGAGUUUAACUCAUCAUCACCAAUGGAGCGUCCAAUGGGACAAAAAGCAGCAAAAAGGAAGGGUAAGGCAAAGGAAAUUCCAAAUGAAACGCAAGAUGCAAGGAAUAAAAGAGCAAUGUUAAUGGAAAGACUAGCGCAAAGUAAGGAAGACGAGAUAGAAUUAAAGGUAGUGCAACUAAUGAUGAAAGACACUUCUACUAUGAGCGAUAGUCAACGAGAUAUUCAUGAAAAAUAUUGUAAUAAGAUGAAAAAAAAAUAUGGAAUGUAGUUAGUAUCUACACCUAUGUAACAUGGUCAUUAGUACCACUUUAAAUUAUCAACACCUAUGUAACAUGGUCAUUAGUACCACUUUAAAUUAUAAUAAAUAUUAUGUUAUUCAAA